CUCUGUCAUGGAGGACUAGGCGACAGAAAACCGAGUCGAGGCUCUGUGUAUCUUGACGCUGAGGGCUCCGCAGAGGCAGGAGGAGAGUUCUGGACUGCUCCUGGUUCCGGAUGGGUUCAGUGCGCGCACCUCCUCCUCACGGACAGGACGCGCGGCUGCCUCCUCUUUCUUCUUCUUCUCGCCCUUUCUGCGCCGCAGCGCCGGGACAAACGCGACCCUGAGGCGGAGCGGAGCGCGCGCCGCGGAUCAUGGAUUAAUGCCCGCGUGGACGUUCAUGUGAAAGGUUCCCAAUGUUGAACAUGUCCACCCCCAGUGAGCUGAAGUCUCCCUGCGUGACUCGCAAUGGGAUGGUGAAGUUGCCCCCCAGCCAGCCAAAUGGCCUAGGGAGCGCGAGUAUCACCAAGGGGACACCUGCUGCUAAAAACCGCCUGUGUCAGUCGUCCUCUGUACCUUCGAUCCUGCCUCCUCCACCAUCCUCCCUUCCUUACCACCAUCACCACCACCAUCUGGAUGGCCCCGGCAUGCCUCAUGCUGCAGUGCCUCUCUUGACCUCUGAUCUGGAGCCCAGUAAGUCUCUGAUGGCCCUGAAGUCAACCUUUCGCCAGCUUCCUCCUCUCACCCUCCCAAAACCUGUGCUGCUGGAGCGUCAGCUUGUGCUGGAUGAGAAGCUUCUAAACCGACUCCUCUGGUACUUCACCACGGCAGAGAAAUGUGUGCUGGCACAAGUGUGCAAGACAUGGCGCAAGGUGCUGUACCAGCCGAAGUUCUGGGAAAAUGUGACACCCAUCUUACAUGCCAAGGAGCUUUACAACAUUCUGCCCAAUGGGGAGAAGGAGUUUGUCAGUUUGCAGGCCUUUGCUCUGCGUGGCUUCCAGUCGUUUUGUUUAGUGGGGGUGUCGGACCUCGACAUUUGUGAGUUUAUUGACAACUACCCUCUUUCCAAGAAGGGGGUUCGCUCUCUCAGCCUGAAGAGGUCGACCAUCACAGAUGCAGGUUUGGAGGUCAUGUUGGAGCAAAUGCAAGGCCUGAUGCACCUCGAACUGUCAGGCUGCAAUGACUUCACAGAAGCCGGCCUGUGGUCCAGUCUCAACGCCAGGCUAACGUCCCUCAGUGUCAGUGACUGCAUCAAUGUGGCAGACGAUGCCAUCGCUGCAAUCUCACAGCUUCUGCCCAACCUAUCAGAGCUGAGUCUUCAGGCCUACCAUGUCACUGACACUGCCAUGGCCUAUUUCACAGCCAAACAGGGCUACACCACCCACACCCUCCGGCUUCACUCCUGCUGGGAGAUCACCAAUCAUGGAGUAGUGAACAUGGUUCACAGCCUUCCAAACCUGACUGCCCUUAGCCUCUCUGGCUGCUCGAAGAUCACUGACGAUGGUGUGGAGCUGGUUGCUGAAAACCUCCGAAAGCUGCGCAGCCUGGACUUGUCCUGGUGCCCCCGGAUCACAGACAUGGCUCUGGAGUACAUUGCUUGUGAUCUGCACAAGCUGGAGGAGUUGGUGCUCGACAGGUGUGUGCGAGUCACUGACACAGGAUUGGGUUAUUUGUCCACCAUGUCGUCACUAAGAAGUCUUUAUCUACGCUGGUGCUGUCAGGUGCAAGAUUUCGGACUGCAGCAUUUGUUUGGAAUGAGGAGUCUUCGGCUAUUGUCUCUUGCAGGCUGCCCCCUGCUGACCACCACUGGUCUGUCGGGCCUCAUCCAGCUGCAGGAGCUGGAGGAGCUGGAGUUAACCAACUGUCCUGGAGCCACAGCUGAGCUCUUCAAGUACUACUCCCAGCACCUGCCCCACUGCAUGGUCAUCGAGUAAGACUGACUCAUCUGACAGACCGCCAUUCUUCAAAACCUCCUCCUCUCAAACCCUUCCUCACUAGUUCACCCAACCUUUCCUCCACUGCUCCUCAUGGUCUGACCCCCUCCUCCCCCAGCACCCAUCUGAACGGACCCCCUGCUGGCAGUGCGAGAGGCAGGGAGGCGGACGACGGUACGUGCCGGACCCAGAGGAGGGCGGUGUUUGGGCUUCAUUUGAAAUGCUGAAGUGAAGAGCUGCUGUGACGUCUUGUCUGACAGCAAGUUUCUGUUUCUAAAUCAACAAACGCUUUGAGUUGCUGAAGAGAGCCGCUCUGAAGAUGUUGAUUUAUUGUAUCUUUUAGAGAAAGGAUACCGAAGGAAGAAAUGUGCAACUCCAGAUGCAGCUUGGAAGAAAGAGACUUUUGAAGUCACACUUGUACACCACAAACACUCAUCACCACACAGGAUACGUAAAGUCCUCCAGACCUUCCAUCUUCCAGUGUCAACUCACCGCAGCUUCACUCUUUCUCUCAGAAGGUCUCACAGGUCGCGUGGCAGCUGGACGAGCAGGAAGCAGUUCAGGAGGCAAAGAACGAGCGAAGACCGUCUCUUCUUCUGUGGUCAACAUGUGCCGUUGACUCGCAGCUCUCACCUUUUCUCACUUCUGUCUUAUCAAAACGUGUCAAAAGAGAGAUUGGAAAAACUGUUUACAGAGUUUUGUUUUAGGGGAAGUUGCAAGUUUGUUUGAUUUGCUUGAUUAUUGCUUUAUUUAGUGUUUUAUGAAUUUUGCACAUGUUCAUUUGACAGCUGUUGUAAAACGAGGAGACACGAUGGAGCCGGCAGUCACAUGGAAAGCUCUGCAGGAAAAACAAACGUCUUCACUCAGAAGAUGACUGGAGCAGAAUCACAACACAAAUAACUAAUGACAGUUAAAAAGUGCUUUCUGUUUAUCUCCUAACACGUAAAUGUGUUGGUACCUUCUACAAAAAUCAAACAUAGCUGAUGAUACUAGGAACAAAAGUUUUGUCUCAUCUGUCUCAGAAAGUUUAAUUCUAACGUUGAAUCCAUUU